AUGGCCCCCUCAUCGAAACGCCGAAUGCACGACCGAGCCUCCGGUAGUACCACGGAUUCAACCUCACCCUUUCCCACACCUUCGCGCUCUUCAGGAUCAGGGUCCCCUGACGGCUUGCCGUUGCUGAACGAGCCCAACGCGUACGAACUGCAACCUAUCAGCCAUUCCGUACCUGCAUCUCCGAUCGACGGGGACGACAAAGACCAGCACAAUGCGCGCCGCCUAUCAUUCGACUCGGUGCAAAGCUAUGAGCUAUACACACCAGAUGAAGACAAAACAGUGCUUCGGAAGUUGGACAGGAGGCUCGUAGGCUUUAUGGCAUUGCUGUAUUGCUUGAGCUUUCUGGAUCGGACGAAUAUUGGCAAUGCUCGUAUCGCAGGGAUGCAAGAGGAUCUCAAGCUCAGUUCCAAUCAGUUCGAGUGGCUGAUAUGGGUCUUCUAUAUCACGUACAUUGGGUUUGAGUGGAUGACAUUGAUGUACCGCAUAGUACCGCCACACAUCUACAUAUCCAUAUGUAUCUUUUCUUGGGGCAUCAUAGCGUGCCUCCAAUCAGUCGCGCCAUCCUUCGGUGUCCUUCUGAUCCUCCGCGCCCUGCUCGGCAUUGGGGAAGCCGCAUUCAGUCCUGGCGUACCCUUCUAUCUGUCGUUCUUCUUCAGACGACGCGAGCUAGCAUUACGAACGGGUCUGUUUAUCUCGGCUAGUCCCUUGUCGUCCGCCUUCGCCGGAGUGCUCGCCUGGCUCAUCACCAAGCUAGCGGGCCAUAGUCCAUUCAGCCCUUGGAGACUCUUGUUCCUGCUCGAGGGUUUUCCAAGCAUGCUGGUAGCCGUCUGGGCGUGGAGCCUUGUUCCCGAUGGACCGGGAGUAGUGAAGUGGCUGACUCCGCGACAGCGGAAAGUUGCUAUCCUGCGCCUCAGGCAAGAGAUGGAAGAUGACGAAAACGAAGACGUCGACCAACCUAUAGGGACAACCGGCAUCAAUCUGGCGGAAAUCCUCCAGGCCCUCAAAGACCCAAAAUGCUACCUCACAGCCUUCAUGAUGUUCAACUGCAACGUCGCAUUUGGUAGCAUUCCGGUGUUCUUGCCCACGAUUGUUAAAGACAUGGGGUUCGAAAGCAUCACUGCACAAGGCCUCACCGCACCGCCAUACCUCGUCGCGUUCUUCAUCGUCAUCGCUACGGCGUAUUACUCCGAUCGCUUGCAGACACGCUCAACAUUCAUAAUUGCACAUGCACUCCUGGCCGCGUCAGGCUAUACCGUGAUUGCAGUCCUCGGUUACUUGAGGUCUCCACAUACACUUCUCCGAUACUUCGCCCUCUACCCAGCUAUAGCAGGCUUCUUCAGUAGCAUUGCAGUGAUUAUCACGUGGACGAUCAACAACCAGGAGAGCGAUAGUAAGAAAGGUACGGGCAUGGCGAUAUUGAACAUCAUCGGGCAAUUUGGGCCUCUUGUCGGGACGAGUAUCUUCCCUGAUGAAGAGGGCCCAUGGUAUGUUGGGGGGAUGGCGAUAUGUGCUGGGUGUAUGGUGAUGGUUGCUGUACUGGCUGGGGUGUUGCGGUGGGUGUUGAUUAGGGAGAAGGAGAAGGCAAGACAGGGUAAAGAGGGUGGAGCGUACGCCGGCAUACCACUCGACGAAGAUGGCCGAGCAGGAGGACGGAAGGUAUUCGACUUCAUGCUGUAG